AUGGCGCACUCCAAACGAAACACCUCUCUCCCCCAUUUCACCUCCUACGAACGGGGCCUCCUCCGCUCAACCUGGGGUACCAAGCGCGGCGUCAUCAGCCGCGACUCCUUCCUCCCCUUUGGUUCCUGUCGACUCUGCCUGCAGCCAGCCAGAACACCCGUCGCCUGCGCAACGAACGGCGACCUUUUCUGUCGUGAAUGCGCCAUCAACGAUCUCCUCGCCCAACGGCAGGAAAUUAAACGACUCGAGCGAGAACGCGAGGAGGCCCGGAAGCGCCUGGCCGAGGACGAAGAGCGAGCGCUCGAGGAUGCGCGGCGGAGGGAACUGCGCGAGUUUGAGCUCGUGAGUAUGGGUCUGGAGGCGGCGAAGAAUGAUCAUGCGAAGGGGACCGCCGGCGGCGGCGGCGAUAAUCAACGGAAGCGCAAGGCGGACGAGGCGGAGGAGGCAUUGGCGGCGUUCAAGGCGCGCGAGAUUGUGGUCGAGGGGAAGCGGAAGAAGAUCUUUGAGCUGGACGAGAAGGAGAUGGCUCGGAUUGCGCGGGAGGAACAGGAGCGGCUGAAGCGGGAGCUGAAGCGGGAGAAGUCGGAGUCAAGCAAAUCCGCGCUCCCCUCGUUCUGGGUCCCGUCGCUCACGCCAUCGACCGAUCCCAAUGAAAUCGCCGCUAACAAGGCCGUCAAGUUGACGCCCAUCUGUCCCGGAUCGACAGACGAGAACCGCCAUGCCUAUUCGCUCAAAUCGCUGGUCGAUGUGCAUUUUACCGAGGAGAAGGCGGCGGACGGCACCGUCUCGCGGAUCUGUCCCAGCUGUAAGAAGAACCUCAGUAACGGGCUCAAGGCGAUGUUGGCGAAACCCUGUGGUCAUGUCAUCUGCCAACCGUGCGUCAACAAGUUCAUGACGCCGCACGAUGUCCCCGAUCCCCAUUCCAGCAAGGAGGAACAGGAGCGGACGGCGAAGCUGCACGGUCUGAUUCUCUGCUACGUCUGUGAGGCGGACAUUACGCCGCGGGAUCCCAAGGCCGAAGCUGAAGAGAAUGGAACCGAAAAGGGGAAUGGGAAGAAGUCGAAGAAAAAGGACAAGGAGCAGGGCAUCCGGCCGGGGUUGGUGCAGAUUAGCUCGGAGGGGACCGGGUUUGCAGGGGCGGGAGGAAAUGUGGCGAUGAAGGCCGGGGUUGCUUUUCAAUGUUAA